AUGGACGACGAGGAUAUCAAGAUCGCGAGCGUUCCCAAGAAGCCGAUUUUCUUUGGAAGCCUCGAGUUUGCCGAGAAGCAGCGGCUCGAGAAGCUGAAGAAGCAGGCUGCCACGUUCGCCGCGACAGGCGUGGUGGGUGCCGACGAUUCGGAUAACGACGGGGACAAGGAAGGGGAGAAGGAGGAGGAGAAGGAGGAAAAGUCGGGAGAUGGUGAGGGGGAGGACGAGGAGGAUGAGGAUGAGGAAGAGGAGGAUGAAGAAGAGGGAGGAGAAGGAGGGGUUAAGGGUGAGGGAGUCGAGUACGAGCUUUCGGAGACCGGCAAACGCGCGAAGGAGCGUCAGGAGCAGAUGCUUAAAGAGCUCGAGAUGAAGCGACGCGCGCGCGCGCUCGCGGUGCCUACUAGCGACACGGCGGUGCGGUUGCGGCUCCGCGCGAUCGGAGAGCCAAUCACGCUCUUCGGCGAGCGCGAAAUGGAGCGGCGCGACCGACUUAGGUCGUUCAUGGCUAACUUAGACGCCGAGGGGCGGCUCGACGAGCUUUACGAAGCGAUCGAGCGGCAAAUGCGGGAGAGCGGGGAGGGCGGCGCGGAGGUUCUAGAAACGGAGGAGGUGCCUCAAGCGGAGUUGUUUUAUACCGAGGGAAGCAAGGAGCUGCUACUGGCGCGGCAGGAGAUUGCGGUGUUUUCGCUGCCCCGGGCAGGUGAAAGAAUUCGGCGCGCGAAGCGGCGGCGCGAGGAUCCCGAUGAGGACGAGGAGGCGGAGGCGAAGGAGUUGAUUGGCGCUGUGCAGGGAAUGAGCAUGCAGGUAUCAGAGAUAGGCGACGAGCGCCCCAUCUCCGCCUGCGCCCUCUCCCCCGACGCCUCUCUUGUUGCCACGUCAGGGUGGAGCGGCGCCUGCCGCCUCUGGUCGCUGCCAGCUGUGCGGGCGGCGGGCGCCCUGCGCGGCCACUCAGAGCGCACCACGUGUGUGGCCUGGCACCCCCACGCGCUCUCCUCGCUCCCCGCCUCCGGGCCCAACCUUGCCACGGCCGGUGCUGACAAGUGCGCCCUGCUCUGGCCUCUCCCUUGGGCAGCAUCAAACCCACCCGACGCCAACGGCCAAUCCGACAACAACCUGGACUUUUCCUCGCGCCCCGCACCUCCUUCCUCCUCCUCCGCCCCCUCCCUCUCCACCCCUCUCCUCCGCCUCUCCGGCCACUUAGACCGAAUCGCGCGAGUGGCGUUCCACCCCUCGGGAAGGUUCCUGGCAAGUACGAGCUUCGACAAGACGUGGCGGCUGUGGGAUGUGGAGCGGGGGGGAGUGGAGCUGCUGCUGCAGGAGGGGCACAGCCGGGCGGUGUACGGCGUCUCUUUCCAAAAGGACGGCGCGCUCGUGGCCACGUGCGGGCUGGACGCGCUGUGUCGAGUGUGGGAUCUGAGAACAGGGAGGAGCAUCUUGGCACUGGAAGGGCAUGUGAAGCCGCCACGGGAGGGGAGGACCACAUGUGUCCCCGUGGGACCCUCUAACCUCACCCCUGCACCGCCCACAUCCGUCUCUCUCUCCCUGACCAACUUCCAAUCCCUGUCCUCCCCUCCCUUUCAGCUCCUAGCAUGCGAUUUCUCCCCCAACGGAUACCAUCUAGCCACGGGAGGGGAGGACCACACAUGCCGCGUGUGGGACCUGCGGCGAUGCAGGAAGGGUGCAGGAGGGGGAGGAGGAGCGGGGGCGGCGGAGGGGAGUGGGGGCAGCCUGUAUGUGAUCCCUGCUCACACGCGGCUGGUGUCGGUGGUGCGGUAUGAACCGAGAGAAGGGUUGCUGCUGCUCACUGCUGGCUAUGAUAACACCGCCAAGGUGUGGUCGGGGCGGGAUUUCAAGCCCGUGAAGGUGCUGGCAGGGCACGAAGGCAAGGUCAUGGGUGCUGAUGUGGCAGCAGAUGGACAAUGCAUCGUCACGGCGUCAUAUGAUCGGACUAUCAAACUAUGGGGUAAUGAUGAUGCUGGGGCUAUGACCAUGAUGCAAUGA